ACAGACAGAAUCUUUCAGACCCAGAAAAGAAAUAGAUUGAAAAUCACGCUCUUUCCCUCUCAACUCCUAAGUCCCAGUUUUUAUUUUAAAUUAAUUAAUAACUUACAGGAUACAGAGGAGAGACGACGCGAUUCGCCAAUGCCACCGCUAGCCAUGUCUAACUUCCUCCUGCCCCUCCUUUGUUUCUCUGCACUCUUCUUGUUACCUGUCCAAGCACUCACUCUACCCUCCGAUACAUCUGCACUCAAAGCAUUCAAGGAGGCAAUAAAGCCAACCACCAUCCCUCCUUGGUCAUGCCUCGCAUCCUGGAAUUUCUCCUGCGAUCCUUGCUCCCUCCCUCGCCGUUCCGACUUCAUUUGCGGUAUCACCUGCAAUUCCGACAGCACUCGCGUCACAGCACUCGUUCUCGACCCAGCCGGUUACUCUGGCACUCUCUCACCUCUCCUCUCCAAACUCACCCAGCUAACCCAUCUUGACCUCUCCGACAACUCCUUCUACGGACCAAUCCCUUCCUCCCUUUCUUCUCUCACCAACCUCCAAACCUUGAGCUUGAGAUCCAACUCCUUCUCUGGUUCCUUCUCACCCUCAUUAACCCAACUCCCAUCUCUCAGCUUUUUGGACAUCUCCCACAACGCCUUAACUGGAAGCCUCCCCCAAACCAUGAGUUCCCUCUCCAGCUUGAGAACCAUCGACCUAAGCUUCAACAAGCUCACUGGUUCUCUACCCAAACUACCUUCCAAUCUAUUGGAGUUGGCUAUAAAAGCCAACUCGUUAACUGGGCCUCUACUGCAAUCUUCGUUCCAAGGGUCACCGCGGUUAGAGGUGGUCGAGCUGAGCGGUAACAUGUUCAACGGAGUAAUCAAGGGCUGGUUUUUCCAACUCCCAUCUCUGCAACAGGUCGAUCUCUCUAACAACAGCUUCACAGGUCUCGAGAUCUCGAAGCCAUCGGACGCCAACGGCAACCUGGUGGCCGUGGAUUUAGGGUUCAAUAGCAUCGAAGGGUACUUACCCGUAAAUUUCGCUAGUUAUCCUCUGCUGUCAUCGCUCUCGCUUCGGUACAACCGGUUUCGUGGUCCAAUCCCAAUGGAGUACAGUAACAAUUUGUCGCUGAGAAGGUUAUUUCUCGACGGGAAUUUCUUGAACGGGAAGGCGCCGCUCGGGUUCUUUUCCGAUGGGUCAUCAGUCUCCGGUAGCUUCGGAGAUAACUGUCUGCAAAGUUGUCCGAAUUCGUCCCGGCUAUGCUUGCCUUCGCAGAAACCUAACUCGAUUUGCCGUCAUGCAUAUGAUGGCAAACCAAGGUCCGGUAGUUCCCAGCCUUAGGAUUAAUAUAUGUUUUAACUUUUAAUUAUCAUUUCCUUUAUAUCACAAUUAGUGAACUGUUGAUGAUAAAUCAACGAUGUUAAACAGUUGUUUUCUUUAGCUCCAAGAAGGUUUUGUGCUUUGUAAAUUGUAUAGAAAGAGAGACCAUCUGCUUGCACGGAAUAAAUUAGUCAUUAUUACUAGCUA